AUGCCCUCCAAUACUACUAGUGGUAGCACGUUAGUGGCGGUCUCUCAGCUACACGCACGAUUGCACAAAGAAGGCAGCUACUCGAUUCAAAUUAUUCUCAACGGACAUCGAGGCAGCAAAGUCCCACCAGUUCCUGUCUCGUUUAGCCAGACAGAGAAGACAUCCAAGCCGGUCUGGCACCAUCCGGAGAGGUCAACAGCACUUCAAGCAGGAACCUACUCUUUUACGAUCCAGAUACUCUGCCAUUCAUCCAGCAAGAAAGGCGAGUUUAUCGGAGAGGUACGGGCGCUACUGCACCAACUUUCUUUCGAACAGCCGACAGAGUUCGAGGUAGUGGCGCCACAUAGCUCGAAUGUGAUCGGAGUCAUCACGCUACUCCUGCGGCCAUACAUCCCUCCAGUUCGAGGCGGAGUGAACCUCACGCCCUUCAAACAAAAUCAAGACCGUUUUGCCCUCGUGUCAUCUCUGAUUACCGCCUUCCAAGACCUGCAAUAUGUGGAGAAGUCGCUCGGAGCUCAGUAUGCCGCCAUAGGCAUCGGAAGCGCGUAUGCCUACGCUACGCUAUCCUACCUUCUACACGACUAUACCACUAGCCCAGACUGGAAGCGCGUCCCAGACGACAAUCCCAUCUGGGACUUGGCACGUCAAGUUGCGCUGCAACUGCAUCACUUCGCAAUCCACUACUGGCACGAUCCGCGAACCCACACGGCAGACGCGUCCUCACUCGCCGAAGAGGUUCUGCCGCGCGUCACCCAAUCUUUGGCACUCGUUUUCGGAUUUGUGAACUGCUACAAACUGACGGGAUGCACGUUCAUCGAGACCCUGUCGCAAACGUCCGGACGUGCGUUUCAGACGCUGCUCUUCCAGCUCCUCGUCCUUGGCGCGAAGAUGCGUGGAAUAUUCCCCUGCGAGCUGCGCGCCCUCAUGUCUAUUCCAGAGCACGACUUCUUGCUCGAACUUGCACGCAAGUACGCGAAGGAGUUCGCCCGGGUGCGUGUGCCUAGCGGCCCUUGGAUCGAGUUCAUGGGAUGCAUGUACGGGCGCGUCGCGGUUCGGAUCCUCGAUGUGUACAAGACGUUGGCGAACUUCCAGGUCAUCGACGAGACAGGCCACCGCCCACAGGACGCGGACUUUAGAAAUGCCGCCCGCCGGCUGAUGACGACGCUCGCACGGGACUCGCGGAUGCUCCCGUCGGGCCUGUAUAUCGACGCUAGGGACAUCAGACUCGCUUCUCCAGACCCGUAUGCGACCGCUGCUGUUAACCACGCGAUGAGGGUU